AUGACCCUGGCCGUCCUGGUGCUUUACGAGUUUCUUCUGGCCAAGAACCUGAUCCUGCCACCUGAAUUGCUGAAGAAUACUCAAUGUAUGCUCUUCGUCGGCGUGGCUUCUGUAGGGGGCAUGAUCUACUAUGGGAUGAGCGUCUUCUGGCCGACUAUGGUUAGCGAACCGUUCCAGGGCAGCCUGCUUCACCAGGUCUGGUUGACCAUGACAUUUACAAGCGGCGCAGCUUUAGGCAACAUCGUUUCUAGAGCCUGCUUUAGACUGGGAAAGUUCCGAUGGCAAUUGCUUAUUGCAUCUGCGCUGGUGACCACUUUCUUUGGUGCCAUUGCGUCCGUCAGCCAGCGCACCAAGGACCAGGGGAUCGCCUUUAGUUUCCUCGGGGGCUUCUUCGCGGGCUGGCUGGAAGGCCCGACAAUGGCAGCCAUCUCCUUCACAGUCGAUCAGUCGGACGUCGGGCUGGCAGUCGGUUUGUUGAACUCGACUCGAGUCCUGGCUGGAUCCGUGGCCGAGGCCAUCUACGACGCCAUCCAGUCCAAUCGCCAGGAGACAUUGGAGAAGAAAUAUAUCCCACGCGCCGCGAUACGGGCAGGUCUUCCUUCUUCAUCGGUCCCUGCUGUGCUGCAGGCGGCUGCGACGAAGGGAAACCUCACAUCCAUCGCUGGCGUGAACAGCACAAUCGAGGCGGCUGUCAAUGAAGCCAUGCUAGACGCCAUCUCCGGAGGUUGCUCUUUGGUCUUCAAGGUCAUCAUUGUCUUUGGCGGUCUUGCCAUGAUCGGAUCAUUUUUCACCAAGAACGUAGACGAAUUCCUGACGGAUGAAGUUAGUCCAGACUACAGUCGUUAA